UAAGCAGACAGCAGUAUAAAAGUUUUAUCUAGUGGCAUGCAUAACUGUAAUUAUAUAAAUAGUCAUUAGAGCAUGAAUCUAGAUACACUUUUUGAUAUGACAACCAAAUGCUGUGCCAAUUAUGAAGCCUAUUUCGGCAGCGGCACAAAAUUGACCGUUCUUGAUCCAGAUAGAAAUGUCACACAACCAACUGUCAAGGUGCUGAGUGUUUCAAAGCAGGAAGAGUGUAGAAAGGAAAAUGUCACACUAGUAUGUGUGGCUGAACAUUUUUACCCUGACCAUGUGAAUGUGAACUGGAAAAUUGAUGGAGACAACUGUACCACUGAUGUUAGUACAGACGAAGCUGCCACCCAAGGUAAUGACAAGUUCUACAGCAUCACCAGCAGACUGAAUGUCGAUUACGAAGAAGAGUGGGCUAAAGGCAAAACAUUCACCUGUACUGUCUCAUUCUAUAAUGGGACAGAUUACACAUACCAUGAAGCCUCUAUAAUGCGACCUAACAGCGAUGGUGCUGAAAAAUAUGUUCGAUCAGCGAAAACAACUAUGCUGGCCUAUGGCAUAUUUGUUCUCAAAAGUUUUGUAUACGGCUUAGUCAUCCUUCUCAUCAUUAAGAGACAAGGUUUUAUUUCAAAGCAAAGGCGAUGAGUCUGGUGUGGGCAUGAUGGAGAGCUGCCAUGUGGUCAUGUGACAGAGGAGGAUGCACAGUUUAUACAUUAUCGAUAUGCUGACAGCUAGUUCAGAUAUGAGCUCUGUAUUUAAAAGCAUGAUUAUUUUCAAGUGCUUAGCUAAUUUUGCUCUACUUUGUUGUUUUUACUUUUGUUUUCUUCAGCUUAACAAAAUUUACACACACACACACACACACACAUAUAUAUAUAUAUAUAUAUAUAUAUAUAUAUAUAUAUAUAUAUAUAUAUAUAUAUAUAUAUGUACAUAUAUAUAUUUUUUUUUUACUAUAUUUUAUUAUAAAUAUUUGUACUCAGCACUUGUUCUUUCAUGUGAUGUAUAAAACAAGAAUCUUUUGCAGUUUUUAUGCUUGUACACAUUAUUCAAGCUUGCUUGUAAUGCUUCAUUAUAGCAAUGAUUUUGGUAUUAAAAUAAAACAUACAUAGGUUCAUGGCAUGGAAUAUCGUUGAAGAAUUUUUGCAACAUUAUACACAUAUAUUUCACAUACAUUUCACGUGAUCAUAUGAUUUAAACAUGUGAUUAUGUGAGUAAUGUGUGAUCACAUUUGAAAAACAUGUGAAAGUGCAUUUCAACAUGUUAUGGCCUGAGAUUGCACAUGUGAAUUCAAGUAAACACAUGUGAUAAAUAAAACCAUGUGUCCUACA